AUGGUGAGAAAGACGAAAGCAGAAAGAGCCAAGAAAACAAUUCUUACAUGUGCUAAACGACUUCAUCGUAGUUUCCCCACGAACAACAGAGAACACUUGAGAAGCGAGAAUCGACAGCGGCAAAUGUCUCGAGUUCACUUUCAAUUUAAACCAAUUAACGAGAUAUCCCAUGAUACUUAUUACGACAGCCAACUGCUUUUUUGUGGUUUUUUAAAUGAAUUUUAA